AGCCCCAGAGCUGAGGAAACAGGAGUUACAAUACUUGCCUUCUGUUACAACACAUCAAAGCAGCAGCAGAUUCAUCUCAAAGGGGAUGAACAAUCAAUACACCCGUCGGGAGGUCUUCUGCCGGAACACCUGCCAUGAUCUCAAGCGUUUCUGGGAAAGGGAAAUUGGUAAACAGACUUACUACCGAGAAUCGGAAGAACAUCGUCUGGGAAGAAGCGCACUGAGAAAGCUCAGAGAAGAAUGGAAGCAGAAGUUGGAAACUAAGCUGAGGCUGCGGAACAAUCCAGAGGACACUGAAAAGCAGACAAAUGUUGGCUGAGAGCUUCCUGCUUCAUUGACACAAGAAGAUGCAAAACACUGAGGUCACUUUGCUAGGAGAAGUCAACGCAAAUCCCUGAGUCCCUUUGCUAUACCUGUCAGCCCUCACACUAUUGUUUCCCCACCUGGGAGAGGAUUUACCUGUAAAUGCUUUCCCAGUGCUUGAUGGCAGUUAUUGGUCAAGUCAGUCCUCUGUGCAUGGGCGCCAGGUUGUUAUCCCAAAUGUCUCUAAAGAUAGCUUAUUUAAUAUCGAAGCUCCAUGCAGCACUCCUUGCUUCUAUAUAAUUAUCUUCUAAUUUUGAAAUCCAAAUAUUUUAAACUGUAAACACACCAAGAGGAAUCCUCAACCUUCAUGGUCAAACUUUAAACAUUGCACAGUGGUAAUGCCCCACCAUUUCACCUAGGAAACACAGCUUUAUGGAAUUCUUGUUUUCUUUUUAUAAGAAGAGAAAUGCACCUAUCUGCAGAAAUUUAAAAAAAUUAUCAAUAGUCAAAGUACAGUUUGAAAAUAAAUUAAUCUAAUAUUCUUUUUUCUUCAUAUAAAUUUAAUUGGCUUUUUCAAAAAUAUAUUUACCAAGAAUAAUAUCAGAAUAAUUUUAAUAAAGCUUGGUUGUCCUGUCAUCA